UAUGGGAAAUAGAAUGGAAGAAUUUGAUAGAAAUGAUACCUGUCUUUUUAUUGAUGUUGGCUUGAGAAGUUUCAAAAUUCAAUGGCUGAAAUGUGAAGUUUUUCCAGCUUUCUAUGCAUUUUGUAAUAUUCACAUUGAUCCUCUACAUAAACCACCCAAAAUUGAAGAAUGUAAUAGUGUUGACACGCCAUCAUUGUGUAAUGAAUAUUCUAUUCUGUGUGAAAUUGAUAUGAUAUGUAUAAGUAUUAUCUUGAAAUGUGAUGGAAAUUUUGAUUGUCAAGAUAAGACUGAUGAAAAGAAUUGCUCAACUAUAAAACAAAUAAUUUAUCCACAAUCAAAUCAGUUAAUUAAUCCAUUUUACAUGUGUAAUUAUUUUCAAGACUACUCUUCAGCUGAGGAUGAAAAGUUUUGUUUUUUUCCAAAUUGUAAAGAAAAUGAAAGAAAAUGCUUAAAUCAUGAAUGCAUCUCUAUUGAAAAGUUUUGCGACAAUGAACGGGAUUGUAUUGAUUUUAGUGAUGAAAAAUGCUAUGAUAGUUUGUAA